AAUAGGAAAAAAUCCAAAAAAAAUAAAAAGCUUUACAGUUGUCAAUUAAAACAUUAUAUAUAACAUGUUUUGUUACAUUUUAAUGUCCUUUACCUUAAUCCAUUUUCAAUAAUAAACUUAUAAACCCAUCGUUUUCUAAAAGAAUAAUCAAAAUCAAUUUCUCUAUAUAUAUUUAUAUUAACCUCUCAUAUUAUUUUCUUUAUUUAAACACCAAAGAAAUUAAUUUUUCUGUAACUCUUUUACGCGUCUAUUUACAGCAGCCUCAACGGUGCUACUCUUCUGCCUCCCUUGUUUUCUUCCUCUUUCUCUCUCUAAAAAUCCCCUCUUUCUCUCUCUAAAAAUCCCUUCUUUCUCCCUCUAAAGCUACCCACUAUUCGAAGAUUUGCCAAAAUCGAAAUUUGAUUCAUACCCAGAUUUGAUUUCACUGAAUGAAAUCAACCCAGAAAGUUAGUUCGAAACCCUAGAAAAUAAUUCAUCGGGAAUAUUAAAAUCGGCCUAAAACUAAUUUCACUGAAACUUUUUGAUUUUUGACUUAAAAGUUAAAAUUAAUUUAGGAUCGAGAAAUUUCAUCACCCCAGAAGCAAAUUUGGCGGGUAAAAUCGACCCAGUUAUCGGUUUUUCUGAAUGGGUUCUGCUCUUAGGAAGGAAUCUGCAAACGGGUCAACCCAGCAGAAGAAAACAGGUUUAGGGGAUUUACCAGAAAGCUGUGUUGCAACUGUGUUGAUGAAUUUAGACCCGAAUGAUAUUUGCAGUUUGGCGAAAUUGAACAAGGCUUUUCGUGGGGCCUCAUCUGCUGAUUUUGUUUGGGAAUCGAAAUUACCCACAAAUUAUCACCAGAUUGUUGAGAAAAUCUUUAAUGAAGAUGAUGAUACUGAUAACCUUCCUGUUUAUUCUUGUAAAAAGGAGAUUUAUGCCAGUUUAUCUCGAGUUAAUUUCAUGGAUGAUGGCAAAAAGAUGGUGUGGCUUGAUAAGAGUACAGGAGGAAUUUGUAUGGCGAUAUCUGUUAAGGGUUUAUCAAUAAACGGUAUUGAUGAUCGAAGAUAUUGGAGCCACAUUGCUACCCAGGAAUCUAGGUUCUCUUCAGUGGCUUAUCUUCAACAGAUCUGGUGGUUUGAGAUAAAUGGGGAGGUGGAGUUCCCGUUCCCUGAAGGAACUUACAGUGUAUUCUUCAAGUUGCAAUUGGGCCGACCCUACAAGAAGUUUGGGCGUCAACUGUGUAAUACUGAGCAGAUCCAUGGGUGGGAUGUCAAGCCUGUCCGAUUCCAGCUCUUGACUUCUGAAGGGCAGCGGAGUGUCUCCCAGUGUUUCCUGGAUGGUCCAGGGCAGUGGCUUCACUACCAUGCUGGGGACUUUGUGGUCAAGAAAUCAGAAGGUUUUACCCAAGUGAAGUUUUCAAUGAUGCAGAUAGAUUGCACCCACACCAAAGGCGGUAUUUGUGUAGACUCUGUAAUGAUAUACCCUAGUACAUUCAAGGAGAGGCUGAAGCGUUUUUGAAGGGCUUAGUCGUCGUCCUAGUUUUAGGAAUCUCUAUAUUAGAUGAGAUGUAGAUAAUUAUAUAGAGGAAUAGAGUGUAUGUGAGAGAGAGUAGCAGAGUGGCAUGAGUUAUUUUUGGUCUUCAGGCUCUGUGAAGUGUUAUGAUCGUCGGCUGUAGACUGUAGUAAGCAUAGUUUAUGGUGGAAAUAGACAAAUAAUAGUCAUUUCCACCUCUUUUAUUCUGUGUUUUUUUUAAGACUUCUUAGACGGUAUAUGAGGACAAUUGAUGCUUCGCUUGAAGCCUCGAAUUAAGCUAGCAACUAUUUGUUAUUGUUUGUUUUUCCUACAGCUGAGUUUCUUUGUUUUUCUUGGAAGCUUUAUUGAAUGGGAGUUGUUUUACAAUGACA